GCUUAUAUGGGAGGGAUAUGGAAUGACUCGAACCUCGACGGAUAGCGGAGGCUCCCCGCUCGGCCGGAGCAUCAAUUGUUCCAACCGCUAGGUUUCAUGGGCCAUUUGUUAUUGGGCGAGGGGGGGCAUGGACCCCAGCUGUUGCGGCUUUGCGAACACAGAACGGAGAGAAGCAAAUUUAGACCGAUGAGGUCCUGGCACCGCUUUGCUAGAUGAGCGGCCCAAGCCGAAUGGUCUGCUGAGGUUUUGCUACUGUCUCUCUUUGGAUUUGCCUGCAGGGAGACCACUGAAUUCGGCCCUCCCUGGGGGUUCGCUGUGUCCUUUUUUGAUUUGGUGAUUUGGGCGAACAAGUGGGACUGGAAUGAGGUGGAGCCGGAAUAGGCAUCUGCAAGCUGAGAGCGGCAGAGCUGUUGUGAAACAGAAGAACAUUUUUUUGUGCAAGUUUGUUUUAAAAAUACGGGCAUCGGCUUUCUUUGGUACCAGAUUUGUAGUCUUCCUGGCAUAAUGAAUAUUAUUCAGGAUAAACUUGGCAAUGAGUUUCUGAGAAGCAGUGGGAUGGAGCACAACUUCCCCCAUGGGAUGCUGAUGUUUAGUCAUCUCCCUCCUGUCAACAGUUUCAACAGACUCUCUGCCCAGCCUGUCUUGCCAGAUGCACCACAGAACAUCAUCUUCAAAAAAGAACCACACUCUCCUCCAGAACGGACAUCAUCUGAUUUCAUGCAAUCUAUGGUUGGUAUCAAGCAGGAGAAAAUAUGUGACCAGGAUCUGUUCCGGUUUUAUGGUAGCACGGACAAAAAUCCAGGCAUUGCUGGUGUGACUGUUAGUAGCCAAAAUAUGUUUGUUCAGGACUUGAGUCUUGGCAGAGAUGCAAGUACAUUAACAGACAAGGGAGACAAGGAUAUUGGUGUGGAUCCAAAAGAAGAUGGUUCUGCGAAAAAAGAAAAAAGACAACACUUAGAGUCUCAGGAAGUUAAACAGAAACGGAAAAGAAGUGAUUCUUCAAAGCAAUCCUCACCGGGCGAUGGAGAAGUAGGUAGUUUUUCUCCUGGUCAGAAGCCACACAUCUGUGAACAUUGUAGUGCUGCUUUUCGAAGCUCUUAUCACUUACGCCGACAUGUGCUUAUACAUACUGGUGAGCGUCCCUUUCAGUGCAGCCAGUGUAGCAUGAGUUUUAUCCAGAAGUAUUUGCUUCAGCGACAUGAGAAGAUUCACAGUGGAGAGAAGCCCUUCAGUUGUGAUCAGUGCAACAUGAGGUUUAUACAGAAAUACCACAUGGAGAGACACAAGAGGACACACAGUGGAGAAAAGCCAUACAGAUGUGAUACUUGUCAACAGUAUUUUUCAAGAACUGAUCGACUGCUGAAGCACAAGCGAUCAUGUGGUGAAGCCAUAAGAAAAGUUGAGUCGGGUAUGGAACCUGGGCCUUCAGACCAGAACAGCAUUGAUAAUGGUGACAGCAGCUUUCAGCUAACUCAGGGACACACAAGUGCUUCUAUAGUACGCAAGAAAAAAUCAAAGGCAGCAUCAGGUGAUAAAGAACGCAAGAAGGAUAAAAAUGUUGAGUCCGACAUUUCAAGUAGUCUGAACAUGCAGAACUAUGCUGUUGAGAUUCCCAUGGUGUCUUCCAGUAACAAUUUAGUAGGCACUAGUACACAGCAGGUACAGGCCCGGGUGCCAAAACUGGUCUUCAAGAAAGUACAUAGAAAAAGUCCAGAAAAGACUGACUUGAACUUGAUAUCACAAGGGGCAUCAGAUUUGGUUAACCAGAAGUUAUUACCUGGGAAGGAAGGCUCUCUAGAGCUGCCAAACAGCACAGGUAUGGAAAAUCUUGGCCUUCUUCACAGUACUGAUAACAAGCCCAAUCAAACCAGUAGUAAUUAUGAUGAUGCCAUGCAGUUUUUAAAGAAAAGACGUUAUCUACAAGCUGCCAAUAAUAAUGAUUAUGCUGUAAAUGUGGGUCACAUGGCUUCUCAGCAGUCUGUAAUACAGGCAGCAGUCGCCAGUGUGAUGGACAGUGAUACGUCACUUAGUCUUCUAGACUCCUCUUCUCUAAAUACUGACAUUAAAAGUUGCCAUGAUAAGUCUGGAAUCCCUGAUGAAGUUUUACAGAGCCUUUUGGAACACUACCACAAGUCUGAAGGUCACCCUGAUGUUUCUUUUGACAUGACUGAGCAACAUGUGAAUUUACACCCAACGGGUGGCAACUCUGAGCUAGAGCAAGAUGACAGUGUUUGUACAGACUCGCAUGCCCCUUCUGGUGAUAAAAAUAAUAUGUUGCACGAGUAUUCUAAAUACCUCCAACAGGCCCUAGAGAGAACAAGUCACAGCAGUGGUUUUGCUCUGGGACCCAGUUUGCAGUUCGUCAGUCUUACUUCAACUCUCACCAGCCAUACUUUGUUUCCGGACAAGCAAAUGUACACUACAUCUCCACUUGAGUGUAGCUUCAGCCAAUCUGUUACCUCAGUGUUACCAGCCGCACUACCAAAGUCACAUUUUGGGAUGUUGGUUGGACCUUCCCAGUCAGGAUUUCCUUUGACUGCACUGGAUGCUGCUCAUCAACAGCUGACCCCAUCUCAGGAGUUAACUGACCAGAUAGAACAGCAGAAGAACUUGGAGCCCUCUUCUAAUUACCAGUUAACAUCUCAGGAGCUGACAAGCCAAAAGGAACAGCAGAAGAGUUUGGAGCCCUCAUCAAGUUACCAGCUGUCAUCUUCUCAGGAGUUGUCUAGCCAGUUAGACACUCAGAAGAUCUUAGAUCAAAGAGCAGUCUACCAGAUAGAGAACUUUGCCCAGGCAUUUGGCUCACAGUUCAAGACAGGUAGCAGAGUUCCAGUGGCCUACAGCACUAACUCCAAUGGGGAGGUUGACCAUAGGAUAAGGACUCAAGUGUCAGAAUUCUCAGGGUACACUAAUUUGUUGUCUGAUGUCAGUGAAACAGUUAGUACAAGAGCAAAGACCCCAACCAGCCAGAGUUACAGGUGAGGUCCAUGGGUCUGACCAGGCUGGAGGAGUCUUGAUGUUUAUUUUUAUUUUAUUUUAUUAUUUUUUUAAUGAUAACACUGCCAUUAGAAUGUUUCUACACAGUUGUACUAAGAAUAAUGUAAGUGACGCCCUUUCAAUGCAACCUUUUGUAUUUAGUCUGCUCUUUAUGUUAGUAUAAUAUUAGGUCAGUUUAUAUUAUAAAUUUUAAGCAGAGUAGAUAGCAGAAAAAGAUAGUGGCCAAACCAUUUUUUGUUCCAUUCAACAGAUGAAAUGUUUUAGCAAUCUUACAAUUGCAGAUGUCAGGGAAUAGCCCAGAACUGAAAUUGCAAAAAAGAAAAAGAAAAAAAAUUGAAGUAUUUGUUAAUAAGGAUCAGAUUGUUUAACUCAGGAAAGCUUAAAGUACCAAGGGGAGUUCAGUGUAGAUGCAACAUUUUACCAUUUUAGAAAUGUCUUCUUUAUGAAAGUAUGUGCCGAGAUUCGGAAGGAUCUGCAUAUUGCUGCCUAAAUAUUGAAAGUUUAAAGAUGUUUGUCUAAUCAGAGAAUUUGAAGACUCCAGAGAGUGACUCUUCUUACCUGCUUCCGUGGAUUGUAGUUUGACACUGCUCAACAGUAGGCAGGUCAAGACUUUAAAAAAGACCCCAUAUUUUAAACCUGACAUGGUAGCUUUAAGACUGCAAGGUUGUAUUAUAAUAGGGAACAAUGCUCUGAUCUUUCAAAUUAUGUGUGUAAAGAUAUUAAAUUAGGCUAACCUUUGAUAUACCUCAUUUUACUGCUUGAACAAAAUAACCAGGGACACAUUUAUCUAUCUGUAGCUGAGAUAUAAAGUAUGUAUUAACGUUGUAUAAGAGUAUUACACCUGUUAUGUAAGCAGUGUUUACAAAACUAUAUGGAAUGGCAAAGUGAAAGUAAAAAAACACUUGUUCCAAUAUACCAUUAA